AUGACUGCAUCUGAACUUUCAUCCUUUACUGUAUUAGAUUACAGUAAAUUCGCUUUAGCUGGUGCUAUUGGUUGUGGUGUUACCCAUGGUUCCAUGACUCCAAUCGAUGUUAUCAAAACCAGAAUUCAAUUAGAACCAACCAAAUAUACUGGUAUGUUCCAAUCUGCCAAAAAAAUUGUUGCUGAAGAAGGUGCUGGUGCUUUAUUAACUGGUUUGGGUCCAACCAUCUUGGGUUACUCUUUACAAGGUGCUUUCAAAUUUGGUGGUUACGAAUUAUUCAAAAAAACUUUCAUUGAUUUCUUGGGUAUUGAAACUGCUACCAACUACAAAAACUCAGUUUAUAUUGGUUCUGCUGCCAUUGCCGAAUUCUUUGCUGAUAUCGCUUUAUGUCCUUUGGAAGCCACUCGUAUUAGAUUGGUCUCUCAACCAACUUUUGCUAACGGUUUAUUAGGUGGGUUUUCAAGAAUCUUAAAAGAAGAAGGUGUCGGUUCAUUCUAUAACGGUUUCACUCCAAUUUUGUUCAAACAAAUUCCAUAUAAUAUUGCCAAAUUCUUAACAUAUGAAAGAGCCUCUGAAGCCAUUCAUUCUUUUAUCCCAACUCCAAAGGAAAAGUUAUCUUCAUCUACUGCAACUGCCAUCAAUUUAGCCUCUGGUUUAAUUGCUGGUUUCAUGGCUGCUAUCGUUUCUCAACCUGCUGAUACUUUAUUAUCUAAAGUGAACAAAACUAAAAAAGCUCCAGGACAAUCAACUGUCGGUUUAUUAGCCCAAUUAGCUAAAGAAUUAGGAUUCAGGGGUUCAUUUGCCGGUUUACCAACUCGUUUAGUUAUGGUUGGUACUUUGACCUCUUUACAAUUCACCAUUUACGGUACUCUUAAGCAAAGUCUUAACUGUUCCCCAAGUAUCGAAAUUGGUGGUGGUGGUCACUAA